AUGGUUGUGUCCUUCUUGGUUUUCCUGCUCUUCAUCUUUGCUGCGCCGGUGUUUGAGCACUACGGCGAACCCAUCGAGAAGGAGAAGGGAACGAAGGUUAAGAGCGACUGCCAGGUUCCACUGGCACCUUUUUGCCAAGGGCUUCAAGGAGCUGUCCAGGGCUCAAUUGGCAUCCAUCAAGACCAGACUGCAGAAGCAUCACUCAAGGGAUUCAGCGUGGUUACGCAGAAUAUCAGCAGCAAUGUGGAAGCAAUCGAAAGACCCGUGGCGCUGCCUCAAUUGCAGCAAGCUCAACAGAUUCAAUAUAAACUGACUUCAUGGAUCACACUUUUGUCCCUCCGAGUCAACGCCAACAGCAGAGACAUGCACAGCCGUCUACUGAGUAGACAGUGGGAAUCGUCCGGGAGAUCGUAUUCCAACUGGACGCAACAAGGAGCAUGGCAGGAACACGAGUGGGACGAUUGGGAGCAAGAUUGGGAGCAAGCCUCAACGUCAUCACGCAGUUCCUCGACCAGAAGAUUUCCACAAUAUCCGAAACCUCAUCAAGGACGUCGAGCACAGCGCAACCAGCAAAGACCACAGGUUCCCAACAAGUCCAACAAGGGCAAGGGCAAAGGAAGCAAAGGCCAAAAAGGCCAGAAAGGCAAGGGGAAACUUGCCAUAGAGCCUCCACCGUGGUCAUCCAGUGCAGCUCAGCCUCCUGCGCCGGCGUCGGCUACGCCUGCGCAGUCCAAGGCAGAGGCCAAACUACACGAGAUUGUGACAGUGCUCAAGAAGAAAGACGACCCAGAGUUGCAGACUCUUGCAAAGGAGGCAGAUGUGUUGCAGAACAAGACAGCCACCUCAAAGCUCCACAAAGCUGUCACAGUCCAUGGAGACGCCAAAACGGCAGUGCUAGAAGCUCGCCAAGCCAGGGCAAAUCUCCAUGCAGCCUGGAAGCAGUAUUUGGAGUCAGCCAUUACGACGUGGAGAUCCUUCAUCGAAGACUUCGACAAGGAGGACCGCAAGCUCGAGGAGCUCAUUGGCACGGCAGACAUCGAGUUGCAAGCAGCUCAGCACUCUCUAGACGAGGCAAAGAAUGCAGCCACGGAAGAGGAACUCAAGGAUCAGGUCGAGACCAUCGAAGACGAAGAUGCAGGCCUGGACAGGACAGCGAAGUCAAGCCAAGACAUGAGAGAAGGGCUCAAGGGCAUGCUAGAUGGCCUCGAGCAAUUGCAUGUGAGAACAGAGGAGAUUGGAGAAGAAUCAGGCAACAAGCGCCAAAGGGUAGACGAUGGCAAAAAGUCAUCGGCUAUGCAGCCUUUUGGUGGGGCCGGUCGCUAG